CUCAGAAGUGACGAGAGGGCGGGCCUCGCGCGGGGCCGCGCAGUUGCAGGCGAGCCGCGGAGGAGGUGAGUCGUGGUGGUUGGUGCUCCGGCGGCGUUAGGGGUUUCCUCGCCGAGAGGACCCGGCUUGGGCUCCGCCCCCCGCCCGUCUUCUACGCCGGCCUGAGUUGUACCUGUUGGAUUGCUGCCUGUUGGGUUGCUGACUCUUUUGCGGGGGGCGGGGCGGCGGAGGAUGCUGGCAAUCUUAGAUAUGGGGAGCAGCAGGCUUUCCAGAAGCAGGCGGGUUGCUUUUCUUAUUAUUUCCAGAAAUGUCGUAGUCGCCGCUUUUCCUAAGAAGCCUAACCUGUUGAGCUUCUGCCUGUUGCAUGAUUACUAAAGGCUCAACGAGCCCUGCUUUGCUAUGGGGAGUUGGCAGCGUGUAUUUUGGGGGAGUGGCAGUUUCUAAAGUGGGGAACUGGCAGAUGUAGCCCUGGACCCCGAGUUUCUACUGGAGUCGGGAGGGGGCAUGUGCUGGCUUCGUUCUUGAGUGACAAAGGUAAGGGAGACAAGAAUACAUCUGCCAUAGCUUUCUCUUUCUCUUUCCCACAAGCUCUUGUCGGAGAGAUGUCCCACAGCAAACGUAGCAGCAAGGGAGCCGGCCCUUCUCAGGUACUGCACAUGGACUCACUUCUUGAUUUAUUAAUAUGUUGUAAUGUAUAGCUUAUACUGCCAAACAAAACUAGAUGCAGCCCCCACCCUUCCCUCAAACUAAACAGUAGCUUGUAAAAACACCAAUCUGCAUAAAAAUUCAAUCAAAAGGUCACAAAGAUAAGAAUGAAAAGAAGAUAAUUCACCAGCUGCAACCCAUAAGUAGUAAAAGAUAGCCCUAAGCCACCAACAUCACCUGCAUUUGGGUAGGUAGCAGAGUCCAGAUUUCAUACCUGGCUGGUUGCAAAUCUCCAUAUGGUAGAGACAAGUGUCUAAGACAUGUAUACAGUAAUAUCUCCGCGAACGUCCGCCUUGUCCAGCGUCUUUUCCGGUGAACGUCCAUGGCAAACCCGGAAGUACUGGAACGGGUUACUUCCGGGUUUGCUACUUCGCGCAUGUACAGAAGCACAAGCUGCUCCACGCGUGUGCGGACGCGGCACUUUGCCCUACAUCCUUUUUAGCUAGCGGCUGGGGCUCUAGUACGUUUAUGCAGUUCAGAUAUGAUGGGUGGCAUUUGCAUGUUGCGCUUGAGUUUUACAGAACUUGCUGAAACCUUAGAUGUUCAGCUAUAAUAUAUGAAAGGUUGUAGCUUUUCAACAGAAAAAUGUAAUCCAAUUAAUAGUACACUCCAAUGCACGUUUACUUAGAAAUAAAUUCCAUUGGGUUCAGAGGGUCUUACAGUCAAAUAAAUGUGCAUAGGAUUGUAGUCUUGGUAAGAAAUUGCUCAGAAAAUGUCAAGCGUGUUUAUCUCUACAUGUGGCUAGCACGAGAUCAGAGCUGACAUCUCCAGAGAUGACAGGCCUGUGUGAAUCCCACAGCUGGAUCCCAAAGCCUUUUUAAAAAAAUGAAUCCUCUUUCCUUACCCAGGCACAGCACACGGGUUCAGAUGAUGAAGAAGGCACACUGAGUCUAACGAUGACACCCAGCCAGCUGCGGCAUACCUUGGAGCGACGCCCACGGAGUCAAGUGGAACUCAAAGUAAAGGAGCCUCUGCUGCAAUUGUUUAUGCUUCUUUGGGGCCUCACCGUCAUGAUUGGCUAUAGCCAGAGCUAUGUCCAUUCAGUUGAAAAAAAGUGCUAGUAAAAAUAGAGUUUUGUGACUUGUGUAAACUAUGUACAGAUUGGCAUGGUCUUCCUUGUUUUGUUAGCUGUCGCAGAUGUAAGACACUGAAACCGUCCCUGGCAACCAUUGAAAAUCUUAUUCAGCCAUGGUUCUGGGUUCCGAGAUUGUCUACACACUUUUCAACCAGAUUUGCAGUCAUAAUUCUAGAAUUUUUUUUUAAAUGAAGGCUGAAAUUCUCAGGUAACUGAAUUAUGUGCCCACAGCAUUGCAGCAUAGACAUAGACCCACCAACUGCCUAUGUUGUAUUCUCCCUACAGGCACAUGAGCUCGUGCAGUUUUUUCUGUUCAAAGACCAAAAGAAGAUCCCAGUUAAAAGGGCAGGUAAGAACAGGACCAAAUUGCUUUCGUGCCAGAGAUACCCAAAUUCUGUUUUCAGGGUGAGAUUAAGCAAAUUUGUACUGGCACUUCUGCGCUUCUAGAACUACCAGACGUCCUGCCUAGGUCUCCUUGGUUUCCAACCCCUUAUGAGUUUUUGUGCACAUAUUUCCAAGUUCUGAAAGCUUUGCUUUAGUCAAGUAUAUAUCUUUCUAGUUGCUCUUCAUAUAUUUUAUUUUAGUUCAGAUUUUUUUUUCAAUGGAAUUUUGCUUUGUAUGUUUGUGUGGUUUUUUUUAAAUACAAUGUAAGAAGACCUGGUCAACAAACCUAUCUGUCUCCUUUAUAGAUGUUCUGAAACAUGUUAUCAAAGACUAUAAAGAUUCCUUUCCUGUGAUCAUCAGACGUGCCAAUGGGAUCUUUCAGCUGGUGAGGGAGGACUCCAUUAUUGGUUUGGGCAGAAGUGUGCGACUCCAUCCAUUUUGCUUUAUUUGUGGGUUCUCAUAAGGCCAGCCUCUCAAAGCAGGACUGCAGAGAAGAUUUCUGCAGUGUCUAGUGAGGCCAAAGCAGUGGCUCUGAAGCUGAAAUCGUUGGAUAGACCAUUAAAAAGCUAGGCGCAUAGCAGAGUUUUUUGUCCUUGAGGUCAGGUUGACUGAUGUGCUAUGGCUUGACAUGAAUAUAGGGAGAGAAGAAAUGGCAAUUUUUGCAUAAAUUGUAGAGAUUGCUUGAAUGUGUUUAUCUACUCUUAGGCCUUUAGUAUAGUGUGGAAAAUCCAGACCCACAAUGAAGGAUGCUUCAAGUCAGAUAUCCUUACUCAGCGAUUCAAAUUCUGAGCAAUACAAUUUAUGCCAGGGAUAGAACUGAUUCGUUUCUCAAUAUCUAGUUGUGAUUUCUAUCUUCUUUAAAUGGGAUUGUAAUAGUGGAAGAGAAAAUUGGCCUUUUACACUCUGGUCUGAAUGUAUUUAUCUUUUUCUGCUUUGUCAGGUAUUUGGACUGGAGUUGGUGGAACUUGACUCCAGAAAUCCCACAUACAUCUUGAUCAAUAGAUUGCCACCACUGGAGCAGAGCUUGGAAGAGUAAGCAGAAGAGGGAAGAGUGUGUGUUCUGGUUUUCUUUUGGCACUCCCAGCUGAAACGGAAAUGAAAUGAAACCCUCUCUCUCUCUUUCCCCCGCUUUGGCCUUGGUGCUUAUCAUCCUGUUCUUUUAUUAUUCAGAGAGACGUUAAGGUUCUACCAGAAGGAAGCACAAGACCAACUCUACCAACUACCAUAUGAUCCCUGACCUAGAAUGUUAAUUUCCUCUUCUUUUUUAAAAAGAGCUAGUUCAGGUUCACCCUGCCCAACAAGGAACCAAUUCCAGUUAAUGUUAGCCCCUUUGCAAACAAUUUUUUUCAGCAUUCAGAAUGUUACAGGCUGCUGUGCUGAUGUGUAAAAUAUACUUAAGACUAAGGAAACAUGAAAGCGGCGCGCACACGGAGAGAGAGAGAGAGAGAGUGGAAUAUGAAAUGUUUAUUUUUCCCAACUGUGAUGAUUAGGCUUACAGGUCCCCCAAAGUUUUAAAGAGUAAGAAACACAUGUAGGAGGAUCAACUUUGAAUAUGACCUAGAAAUUGUGUGAAGUUCUACCCCAAAAUGAACUUAAUUUACAUUCAGUUCACCUGGCAAUUAAGGUACUAUGCUUUCAGAUAUAAUUCAGAUAUUUUUAAAAAACAACUUAUUCAGUGAUCUUUGUUAAACUAUUACAAGCGCUGCAUUUGACUAAGGCAAGAUGAAGUGGUUCUGAACACACAAAAAGGAAGUGUUGGUGUGUGAUUCUUUGAUCCCAGGCCCCACUAUUUCUUCCUCGCAGCAUGCAUUUUAGCCAAGGCAUCAGAACUAUCAAUUCCUGAAGUUAAAAGCAUUUGGUUGAGUUUGUUUGUUUCUUGCUUAAAACACCAAAUCCAGUGUUGGGAGACUGAAUCUCUUUCUCUUUUUUUUUGCAGCGAUGACAUCAUCUGCAAGAUGGGGCUCCUCCUUGCCAUUCUCAGCCUGAUCUUCAUGAAGGGCAAUGUGGCUAAAGAAUGUGAGUUGCACUCCAUUCGGUUCAUCUGACUUCUUUGGUAGCCUCAGUUGCAAACUCUCAUCUCUUGCUUUCUCUCCAUCCAGCUGCUGUUUGGGAGCUGCUGAAGAGGCUGCGAAUUGACAGCCUUAGGUAUGAUUGUCCAGGGGUAGCCAUCUGAAUCAUAGACCCAACCCCUUCAGUGGGUGGAAUUAUGUUCGGGAAUUGGGGAAGCAAAUAACUCCUUGCUCCUCUGAUACUAUGUAUCCUGACAAAAUCCCACUCUCUAACCGUUUCAGGGGAAGAUGCAAGGCAUUUGGUGAUGUGAAGAAGCUCGUGACAGAGGAAUUUGUCAAGCAAAAGUGAGUCAGGAAUUGCAAAUCUUUCUACAUUUUUAGUAGAGAAGAGAAAUGUGUUGUACUGGUUUGAAAGUGUUAGGAGACUAGAAUCCAGAACUCAUUGUUUUAUUUCUAGUGGCUAAAAUGGGGGGGGGGGGGAGACCAAGACCAGAUAUGUCCUUUAGAGAAGGGAAUUAUGAUUAGAAUACUGUAUAGGUUAUUAAGGGGACCUUUCUCUUCAUCCUCCUCCAGGAACCAAAAGUAUCUGAUUCCCUUACCUAGGCAGAAACAAAACACAAUCUGUGCUCUGAAGUAGUGAUGUACGGCUAAAUUCCUUGAAUCUGCGCAGGGUUGUAACAGUGGUUCAUUGCAUUUGUUCCUUGUACGCAAAUGUGUGGGAUUGAAAUCUUGUGUGCACAGAGCACAUUCAUGGCAGAAAUUGUAGCUUGACUGUUUAUAAUGUCCAGCUGAGUUUACAUGCCCUGGGAGACGUCAGACAACUCUCAACUGGAGUACAGAUACUUUAGCUUUUAGCCUUUCUAUUCUCCUGUGUCUUUGUCCAUGGAGUUUUCUUGGCAGGGAUACUGGAGUGGCUUGCCGGUUCCUGCUCCAGGUGGAUCAUGUUUGGUCAAAACUCUCCACUAUGACCUGUCCAUCUUGGGUGGCCCUGCACGGCAUAGCUCAUAGCUUCUCUGAGUUAUUCAAGCCCCUUUGCCACGGCAAGGCAGUGAUCCAUGAAGGGGUACAAACAUGAGUCUGACCAAACUGCGGGAGGCAGUGGAAGACAGGAGUGCCUGGCGUGCUCUGGUCCAUGGGGUCACGAAGAGUCGGACACGACUAAACGACUAAACAACAAUUCUUCUGUGUGUGGGAUGGCUUUUUCCUACAAAGGAUUGUAGCAGUGAUCAUGCAAUUCUCACUUUCUAGGUACCUGGAAUAUACUCGCCUCCCACACACUGAUCCACCUGAAUUUGAGUUCAGAUGGGGACCACGUGCUGCUAGAGAAACUUCCAAGAAGGAGGUGUUACAGUUUGUUGCUAAGGUACUAGUCACCUACUAAUAAGGCAUGACCAGUCGAAUUUUUCCAUUGAGAGACUCUGUUGCCUGCAGAGUUUGCCCAUGUGGCUGUACCAAAAGAUCUCAGCCAAAUCUGUACUUGCAGUAAAACUCUACCCAGCAUUAAGAAUGCCUGGACUCUGGGACUGGAAUAAAUGAAAGAAAUGUUCCCCUGUUUGUACAUCCUGCAUGUUUUAUCCUAGACCAUCCUUUUCUGAUUUUUUAAAAUUUAAAUAUUUAUGAAGCAGAGAAAUGGAGAAAAGGGGAAAAAAAGUAAAGGUUGUGAAUACUAUAUGUGGAUUAUGAGGGUAUAGGGGCAAACACUUAACUGCAGGGGACUGGCCAUUGUUAGCUUUCCUCAGUUGAUCACUCUCAACUUCUGAGCUUUCCCUAGACAUCUUCCAAAUGUAUUCAGGCUCUUCUCUGCAGUCAUAGGGGAGAGCAACUUGCUUGCAACACAUGAUACUGGAAUGUUAGCUCUUGUGCAGUUUCACAGAUCCUAUACUGCUUUUUUAAGAGGUGCAGCCUGAUUCUGGUUCUUCCGCAUAGAAUUCCUCCUUUCUCUCCGCACCCCCAAAUUAUGUUGGCAGCAUCUGAGCAGGCAGCAAAGGUUCUGAUUCCUUGUAUAGCUUUCUAUUCUGUUGUUAGAAUGUGGCUUAUAUUGGAUAUAUGUAAUUGAAAAUUAAUAAAAAAUAUUUGCAAAAAAUAAUAAUUCUGUUUUUUCCUGACUGUGUCCAUCUGAUUCCCUCCCCCAAUCAGAUACAGAAAAGGGACCCAAAAUCCUGGAAGAGCCAUUACCAGGAGGCUGAAAUAGAGGCCAAUGCUGCAAGAAGAAAAUAGCUGUUACAGCGUUUGAUUACAGGGAGUCAUUGGAACCCCCAAGUGGAAGUGGGUCUGCAGCCUUCUAUGAGUACAGCUGGGAGAAGUGCUUUGAGGUUCAUUUUAUAGGGCUUGGCUCCAUAUAAAGCACUCUGUGCAGCUUGGUAGGUUUCCUCCAAAUGGAGGAAAGAUUCCGUAAUACACUUGGGACACUUAAUCCUUCAGUCCGAUAAGAUUUAUCCAUAAAGAACAUGUCUGAUUGAUGGUUAAGUACAACGUCUUUGUGAUAAUUUUUUAAAAAUUUUUUGUAUGGUUUUAUAUUGGUCAGGAGAAUAUGGAUCAGAGGUAAAAGGUUAUACUCAGAUAUAGAAUAUUUAUUUAACUGCUUCUGUAAUAUGGAUAACACACAUUGUAAAGAGUGUUUUUUUCAUUAAAACAAAAUAAAAAUAUAGGGCACAUCC